UACCUCCUGUUACAGUCAACAAAUAGGAGAGUGUGGCUCAAGCGUUGUUAAGGUGUUCAUUUUCCGUGGUUGUGAAUGUGUAUUAAUUUAGUGUAAUUACAGAGAUGACAUAUAUUUCAUAGUAUGAAUUAUUUGUGAGCAACGAAGGAUCCGUAACUGUGUUAGAGGUUUUAAUAAUGAGACUGAACUGUAUGUUGCUAUAUUUUGUGUUGGCGGUUAUAUGUUUCAUUACACUUGGCGGACAUGAGGUAGAAGAAACCACCAGCCCUGAUCUGUGUGGUCACGAUGAGUUCAGGUGUGAGAAUGGAGACUGUAUCCCAUCACGGUGGAAGUGUGACUCCAGUCCAGACUGUGAAGAUGGUUCUGAUGAACCACCUGAUUGCAUACCAAGAAUGUGCAAGCUGGGACAGUUCCAGUGCAGACACACACACAAAUGCAUCCCACAUGGCUGGAUAUGUGAUGGAGAGUCAGACUGCGGGGUUACCCACAGGAUGGUUCCGGACAUGUCCGAUGAGGACCCACAGCUGUGUCAGAGAGGUAUGAGCUGUCCCCCAAACCUGUUCCGCUGUGAAGAAUCUCUUCAGUGCCGGCCUAUAACGGCACUCUGUAACGAUGUUCCAGACUGUUCAGAUGAGUCAGAUGAGGGAGACUUCUGCCACAACAAGAGUCUCUGUGAUUCAGUGAAAUGUGAGCAUGGAUGCCGUCCAAGUCCAUCAGGUCCUCUUUGCUACUGUCCUGAGGGUCAACAACCCAAUAAAUCACGAUGUGUUGAUUUUGAUGAAUGUCUCCUUGAUGGAUCAUGUGAUCAAAUAUGUAUCAAUAAUAAUGGUAGUUUCAACUGUCAGUGUGUGUCAGGUUAUGAGAGAAGUGGUUCCAAGUGUACUGCAGUCAAUGUGCCAGAAGAUGAGCCGCCUAGCAUUGUGGUUAGCAGCACAGCAGACAUUCGACAUAUUCACCUUAAUGGUUCUUCAUACCUUGGGAACAGUUCAUUAACUCCACUUCAGACGUUGGCACUGGAAUUCAGUCAUCGGAAUCGCAGUCUUUGUUAUGUCCAACAUAAACCCAGCAAUGCAAAACUCACUUGUGCCAAUAUUGAUAAUCUUAAUGACUCAUGGGAUCUUCCUACACCAACCAUGUUUCCAUUGGAUUCCGUGACACAUAUAGCAUUGGACUGGAUCUCAGGAAACUGGUACUUCUUAGACGAUACACGUGAGAUGAUUUUCCUGUGUAACUCAACAAUGAAAGCCUGUGUUAUUCUGAUUGGAGUGAACCUCAGCAAACCUAGGGGCAUAGCAUUGGAUCCAACCAAAGGAUACAUGUUCUUCACCAAAUGGGGAGCUUCAAGUCCAAUGUUGGAGCGAACUGCACUUGAUGGUUCGAACAGAACAACUCUUGUACAACAGAAAAUCGUGUAUCCAUAUGGAGUGACAGUUGAUUACCCCACGCAGCAUGUCUACUGGGUAGACACAUACUUAGAUUUUGUGGAGAGAAUCAACUAUGAUGGUUCAAACAGGCGAACAGUGAAAAAGGGAUUUCCAGUGCAGAACUUGUAUGAUAUCACAGUUUUUGAGAACAAUCUGUAUGUGACAAGUUGGCGCAAUCAGAGCAUCAUUCGGCUUCAUAAGUUCAACUCAGAUGAGUAUGAGACUGUGGCUAACCUCAGCCGUCCAUUUGCUAUCCACGUUUUCCAUAGACAGCGGCAGCCAGAAGAAUCGCAUCUAUGCAGUUUCAAUAAUGGUGGCUGCCAACAUAUCUGCAUUCCAUCAUGGAAGAAAGGACAUCCUGUGGUGCAGUGUUUGUGUAAGGCAGGUUACAGGUCCAUGCCGACUGGACAUUGUGUGGUGGCCAAACAGUCACAGUUCUUGCUGUUUGGAAAAGCUCGGCCAGCAAUGAUAAAGGGAAUCUCACUGACUGGAAAACAGAGACCACAAGAAGUGAUGAUUCCUGUCAUGGAUUUGUCACGACCAGCCGCAUUGGACUAUGAUGUCAGAACACAGUACAUUUACUACUCUGAUGUCCAGAGAUAUGUAAUUGAACGGCAGAAAAUAGAUGGAUCAGAGCGUUCAGUGGUUCUUAACAAAGGUAUAAAUAACUGUGAAGGUUUGGCCAUUGACUGGAUGGGCCGCAAUAUCUACUGGACUGACCAGGGGCUGAGAGCUAUUGGUGUAGCCAGAUUGAAUGAUACAUCGCAGCGGAAACAUUUCCUUUACUCAAACAUGUACCAUCCCAGAGCCAUAGUUGUUCAUCCAAAGAUGGGCCUUAUGUUUUGGACAGACUGGGUAAGUUCAGCUUCGCAGAAAGGGAAGAUAGAACAGGCAUGGAUGGAUGGAACACAUAGGAAGCCACUUAUUGAAACACAGCUGCAGUGGCCUAAUGGACUUAGCAUUGAUUAUAUAGGCAAGAUGUUAUACUGGUGCGAUGCUUUCCUCGAUAAGAUUGAGCGUGCUGCUCUGGAUGGAAGUAACAGACAGAUUGUUUAUGAUGGACCCCACUUAGACCAUCCAUAUGGAUUGGCAUAUUUUUAUGGUUCAGUUUACUGGACUGAGUUCCAGAAGGGAACUCUUCACAGUAAGAAUCUCAGUGUGGAUGAAGGCGCAGUUGAAACACUGAGUGAAGAAUUCUCAGCUCUCUUUGAGAUUCGUGUUUUUGAUAACUCUUCUCAAACAGGUUCAAAUGCUUGUUCAAAUAAGAACAAUGGUUGCCCAGAACUGUGUCUGGCUGUCCCAAAUGGCACUAGGUGUGUGUGUCGAGAUGGACAUAUUCUAGAGGGCAGCACAUGUGUAGUCCAGUCCAAUUACACAGCCCCUUCACGCUGUACAGCACGUAACUUUCAGUGUCGGGACAACCUUCGUUGCAUCGACAGUCGUUAUGUGUGUGAUGGUGACGAUGAUUGUGGCGAUGGGUCAGAUGAAGACACACGAGCUGGAGGAAUAUGUGAGAACGUGCAAUGCCGUGAUGACCAGUUCCGUUGUGACAGCAAUCGGUGCAUCACACGAUACUGGGUCUGUGAUGGGGACAAGGAUUGUUCUGAUGGCUCUGAUGAGGACCCAAAGGAAUGUGUCAACACCACUUGCAGUCCAACACAGUUCAGCUGUGUGAUAUCAAAUCGUUGCAUCCCACUAACUUGGAUGUGUGAUUCGGAUCCUGACUGUGGAGAAGGAGACACAUCUGAUGAACCCAGCAACUGCGAAUAUCCUGAAUGCCUGCCUACGGAAUUUGAGUGCAGUAACAAACACUGUGUGCCAUAUGACUACUACUGUGAUGGUGAUGAUGACUGUCGAGAUGGGAGUGAUGAGAAAGGCUGCCAUGGCUUCUGUGACCCUGCAACACAGAUUUUAUGUCAAGUGGAUGCAUCGUGCCUUCCAAUAUCCAGCAAGUGCAAUGGCCAUGUGGAUUGUAGUGACGGCAGUGACGAAACCAAGUGUAACAAGACCCGACUUGGCAAAAUGUGCAAAACUGAUGAGUUUCGCUGUGCAGAUGGCAGUUCCUGCAUUAAGAAGGGUCUUGUAUGUAACAAGCAUAAGAACUGUGCUGAUGGCUCCGAUGAAAAAUAUUGUGAUCAUGUCUGUGAGUUACAUGAGUUCCGCUGUGGUGAUGGCGCAUGCAUCAGAAAAGAAUUUGUAUGUGACGGUAAUCAGGAUUGUAUAGGAGGCUCUGAUGAAGCAGUUUGCAAUGGCGCUGUACACGAAGUAGAGAAGUCUGUAGUACAGAUCACAACAGAAGCCCCUUUUGAGUGCCAUUAUCCCUCACAGCUGUGUGACAAUGGAACCUUCUGUCUACCGGUUGACUGGCUUUGUGAUGGCAAAUUAGACUGUGAGGAUGGUUCUGAUGAAGGACUUCGCUGUGGAGAGCGGGUCUGUGAUCGAAGCAGUGACUGCAGCCAUUACUGCCAUGAUGCACCUAUUGGCAGCAUCUGCUACUGUCCCAGCCACCUACAUCUGCAGCCAGACAAAAUGACAUGUCUUGAAUCUCACCCUUGUGAAGCGUGGGGUGUAUGCUCCCAGUUAUGCCAGCCGUUAAAGUACGGGCACAAGUGUUUGUGUGAAAAAGGCUAUAAGCUCCAGCAUGAUGGUUUCACAUGUAAGAGUACAGAGAACGCAACAGCUUUUGUUAUCUUCUCAAAUAGACAUGAACUACGAGGUGUUGAUCUUCAGACUUUCAACGUAAAGGCUUUAAUUUCAAGCCUUAAGAACACAAUUGCUCUUGAUUUUUAUUACAAGGAAGACUCGAAUACAGUUUCCAUCUAUUGGACUGAUGUUAUUGAUGACAAGAUCUACCGUGGAACACUUGUGGGUGGUUCAUUAAGCAACAUUGAGGUGGUAGUUCAGACAGGCCUGGCAACUGCUGAGGGCCUUGCAGUUGACUGGAUAGGAGAGAAUCUAUAUUGGGUUGAGAGUAAUCUUGAUCAGAUAGAGGUAGCAAGACUGAAUGGAAGCUACAGGCGAACUCUAAUAGCUGGAGACAUGGAAUCUCCCAGAGCAAUUGCACUGGAUCCCAGAUUUGGCUUGCUGUUCUGGACCGAUUGGGAUGCAAAUGCACCUCGUAUAGAACGCUGUAGUAUGAGUGGACAGGAUCGUAUUAUUGUAGUGCAAGUGGAUCAGGUUACAGAUGGAGCUUGGCCUAAUGGGCUCACUCUAGAUUAUAUACUGAAGAGAAUAUACUGGAUAGAUGCAAGAUCAGAUUCCAUUCACACAACAUUUUAUGAUGGCUCUGAUCAUCGGGAAGUCAUGAGAGGCCAUGAAAUGUUGUCACAUCCAUUUGCAAUUGCACUUUUUGGCAAUUAUGUAUACUGGACAGAUUGGCGGACCAAUGCUGUUAUCAGAGCUAAUAAGUGGAAUGGUUCAGACAUUAGUGUGAUCCAGCGGACUCUGACACAGCCCUUUGAUAUACAGCUUCUUCACCCUAGCCGACAGCCUAGAGAUGUUAAAAAUCCAUGUGGAGACAACAAUGGAAACUGCUCACAUUUAUGUCUGCUGAAUGUGAAUGGCACAUUCAAGUGUGAUUGCCCCCAUGUCAUGCGUCUAAAUGAAGAUCAGCGUACAUGCGUUGCAGUGAACGAGCGAGUGCUACUAUUCUCCCGAGCCAAUGAGAUCCGUGGCGUGGAUUUAGGAAUGCCUUACUAUCAUACCAUCCCCACCAUCAGUCUGCCACAGGUGCUUUCACCGUCACAGCUGGACUUUGUUGCUACAAAUCGCAAAAUCUACUGGACUGACAUCCAAGUGAACGAGGUGAAACGAACAGGACUUACUGGUGGCAUUACUGAAAGCAUCAUAGACACAGGCAUUGAGCAGCCUACAGGUUUCGCUAUUGAUUGGAUCUCAGGGAAUAUGUUUGUGAGUUCAUUUCGCUCAACCAGUAGUCACAUCUUGGUGUGCAGCCUGGAAGGGGAAAUGGUAGCAACAGUGAUUGAAGAUGGUUUCCAAAUUCGUUCAUUAGCAUUGGAUCCAAUUCGGGGGAAGCUGUAUUGGAGUAACUGGAGUGGUGAUAAUUAUUCAAUAUAUCAAGCUCGAAUGGAUGGGAGUGAACAGAAAAUGUUGGUGUCUCGUCGAGAUGAUGAGACUGUGCACAGCCCACAAAGCUUGUCUGUGGAUCUGGAAUCUAGGAGACUGUACUGGGUGAAUACUGGGAGUGACUGCGUGCAAUAUUAUGAUUUCAUCACAAAUCAAGUUGAAACUGUACAUUUGAACAACGAUCACCCUACUGCGGCUACUGUUUACCGUGGAAGACUUUAUUAUGCUAACCAAGAUGAUAAUGCAAUUCAUGUUGCCAAUAAAACGACUGGAGCAGAGAAUGUUAUUCUCAGAAAUAAUACUGCCAGUGUGACAUCGCUGCGAAUAUAUGACCCAGAAGUGCAGACUGGCGAUAAUGCAUGUUCAGUAAAGAAAGGCAAUUGCUCACAUCUGUGUCUGCCAGUCUCGGAAACUGAGCGUGUAUGCAAGUGUGCUACAGGCUACUCACCUCAUUCUAAUGAUCCUACAAAAUGCAUUGGAAUUGAGGAGUUCCUUUUCUACUCAAUUAACUGGGAGAUUAAAGGUCUGCCUCUUGGAGAUGACAACACAACACAAGUAUUGGGGCCGAUAUCUCGAGUAUCCAUGGCAAGCAGCAUUGACUUUCAUGCAGAGAUGGAUUACCUAUACUGGGCAGAUAGUGAUCAUGGUACAGUGACUCGGAUCAGACGUGAUGGUACAGGCCGGCAAACUGUGGUAGAGCAUUUUGAAACAAUGGAGAGCAUCCCAGUUGAUUGGUUGCCAGGCCUGGCUGUGGACUGGAUAGCAGGAAAUGUCUAUUGGACAGAUCCCAAGUUUAAUGUAAUAGAGAUGGCAAGGCUGAAUGGUUCUUGCCGUUACGUAGUCGUGACUGGGAACCUGGACAAACCAACAGCUAUUGCAGUGGAUCCACUGCAUGGUUUUCUCUUCUGGAGUGAUGCUGGCAAGGAGCCAAGACUUGAACGGUCAAGACUUGAUGGUUCAGAUAGAUUUGUACUGGUGAAUGACACUGGCAAUUCCAUUAAUGACAUUGCACUGGACUAUGAGAACCAGAUGCUGUACUGGUGUGAUUCAAGAACCAACAGAAUUGAAAGGAUAAGCUAUGAUGGCUCUAACCGUGAGGUACUGCUAGAACAGUCAUUAGACAGUCCACGAGCCAUCACUGUAUACCAGGAUACAGUGCUCUGGAUUGAUAUAGCAUAUGAGCGUGGCAGCAUCUUGUCAGCCCCUAUGACAAAUCUUUCGGAUCACAAAGUGCUGUUGUCUGGAGCAGGUGAUUCUUUGAAAGACAUCCAGGUCUUCACCAAAGCUCGCCAGCAGGGCACCAACCCCUGCGCUGUCAACAAUGGAGGCUGUUCAGAGUUAUGUCUGUUCAAUGGGACACAUCCUAUAUGUGCUUGUGCACAUGGCAAAGUCACAGCCAUUGGUACCUGUGAAGAUUAUGAUAGUUUCCUUGUCUAUUCUCGUGUCGUGCGAAUUGAUAGCAUUAACAUGUUUGAUGAAUUCAACCGCAAUGCGCCGUUCCAAAGCAUUCAGUCUAAAGACUUUAUGAGGAAUGCAAUUGGACUGUCAUUUGAUUAUGAGCGCAAGAGAAUAUUCUACUCUGAUAUUCAACGAGGGAGCAUCAAUUCAGUUUACUUCAAUGGUUCGAACCACACUCCUAUUGUUGAAAGACAGGGUUCUGUCGAAGGUUUAGCCUAUGAGGCAGUUAACAACAUGCUCUAUUGGACGUGCAACAAUGAUGCAACUAUCAGUAGAGUAAAUCUUACAAACAAUGAGACUAAAGUGGAGCAGGUAAUCAGACUGGGACCAAAUGACAAACCCCGAGGCAUUGAUGUUGACAGCUGUAACAUGCACAUAUAUUGGACCAACUGGAAUUCUCACAAUCCAGCCAUUCAGAGAGCACAUUUCACUGGAUAUGACAUGGAGAGCAUCAUCACAACUGACAUCCGUAUGCCAAAUGCUCUUACCUUGGACCAUAAAGCACAGAAAUUGUACUGGGGUGAUGCUAGGCUAGACAAAAUAGAACGAACAGAUUAUGAUGGUUCAAACAGAGUGAUCCUGGCUAAAGUUACCCCACAGCACCCAUUUGAUCUGGCUGUGUACGGUGACUAUAUUUUCUGGACAGAUUGGGUACUUCAUGCAGUAAUUCGUGCUAAUAAGUACACGGGUGAAGAUGUUGUAUGGCUCAGAAAGGAAGUGCCAAGACCAAUGGGCAUAAUUGCUGUUGCUAAUGACACAAAUGAUUGCCUAGCAAAUAAAUGCCUGAUCGAGAAUGGUGGAUGUGAAGAUGAGUGCCGUCUUGAUGAAGCAGGAGAAGUUGAAUGCCACUGUUUCUCUGGCCGUACCUUGAUGGAAGAUGCUCAGAGAUGUACCAGUGAAAAUGCAAGCUGUAAAGCAGAAGAAUUCCAUUGCUCAGCUGGAGGUUGCAUCCCUUACCAUCUGACCUGUGACACAGUCUCAACAUGUGAAGAUGGCUCUGAUGAAGAUCCCGUUUUUUGUGCCCUGCGCACAUGUCCACCUGGCUACUUCCAGUGCCGCAACAAUCGCUGUGUGUCAAGUAACCAAACUUGCAACCAGGUGAAUGACUGUGGUGACCUCAGCGAUGAACUUAGUUGCUCGUGUUCAGAUGAUCACUUCCUCUGUGCUUCUGGUCAGUGUAUCCAUGCCAGUCUCCGCUGUGAUAAUGAACCUGACUGUACAGAUGCAAGUGAUGAAAUGCAUUGUGAGAGAUCACGGAAUUGUUCAGAAGUGACAACUUCAGGGAUACCCUGCAACUAUACCACAUCUUGCAUUCAUGUGAAUUGGAUCUGUGAUGGAGAAAAUGACUGCUGGGACAACAGUGAUGAAGAGAACUGCGAUCAUCAUGCAACAACAUUUGCCCCACAGCAGUGUUCUCCUAACCAUUUCCGGUGCGCUAAUGGCCACUGCAUCAUGAAGUCAUGGCAGUGUGACAAAGACAAUGAUUGUGAUGAUGCAGUUGGAGGUGAACCAAGUUCUGAUGAGAAAAACUGCUCAUACCUCUGUCGUCCAGAUCUGUUUAAGUGCAACAAUUCUGAUUGCAUCCCUUCAACUUGGCGUUGUGAUGGCAUUCCUGAUUGCUCUGAUGGAUCUGAUGAAACUGAACAGUGCAAAACACGAGUGUGUCCAAACACAGACUUUCGCUGUAACACUACUGGGCGCUGUAUUCCUUUGUCUUGGACUUGCGAUGGAGAGGAUGACUGCAGUGAUGGUUCCGAUGAAAGUAUAGAAGUGGACUGUCCCAGAGGAGAUACUACUCUGUGCCCACCAAACCAGUUCCGUUGUGCAAACAAUCAGUGCAUUGAUGAGGAAUACUUUUGUGACAGAGAUGAUGAUUGUGGAGAUGGAUCUGAUGAGCCAAUGUAUUGUAACAAGAAGUGUCGUAGUAAUGAGAUGGUUUGCAACAAUGGGAAGUGUGUUCUUGCUGCGUGGAAGUGUAAUGGAGUGGAUAACUGUGGGGACAAUUCAGAUGAGGAAGACUGUCAAAACAGUGGAAAGUCAAGUGAAUGCAAAAGUGCAGGCACAUUCAAGUGUAGCAACAAGUUGUGUAUAAACGAGACUUUACUCUGUAAUGGGGAGGACGACUGCGGAGACUACAGUGAUGAAGAGCAUUGCAAUAUCAAUGAAUGUAAGGACCACAGACCCUGUGCUCAUAUCUGCAAUGACAGAACUGUUGGUUAUGAAUGUUCCUGUCAUCCUGGCUACCAGGUUCAUCCAAAGGAUCCACACCUCUGUUCUGACAUAGAUGAAUGUAAGGAUCGACCUUGCAGUCAGACAUGUCGUAAUGUGCAGGGCUCCUAUGUCUGCUCCUGUGUUGAUGGCUAUGUGUUACGAGCAGAUAAACGCUCCUGCAAAUCUAACUCCAGUGUUGACCCAAAGCUGAUAUUCACAAAUCGAUACUACAUCAGAGAGCUGGAUCUCAAUGGACACAGUACCCUUCGUGCACACAACCUAACAAAUGCAGUUGCCCUGGAUUAUGACUGGGCAGAGCAGUGCAUCUAUUGGUCUGAUGUGACUGCGCUGGGAAGUAGUAUUAAACGUCUCUGUGGCUCUGGUGAUGCCUCCUACCAGGUAUUGCACUCAGCAACACUUCAAAAUCCUGAUGGUCUUGCUGUUGACUGGGUAAGCCGAAACCUCUACUGGUGUGACAAAGGAUUGGACACUAUUGAAGUAUCCAAGUUGGAUGGCCGAUACCGCAAAGUUCUUAUUAACGCAGGAUUACAGGAGCCACGGGCCAUCACCCUUGAUCCAAGGAAUGGUUACAUGUACUGGACAGACUGGGGAGAUAGACCUUAUAUUGGCAAGGCUGGAAUGGAUGGCUCAGGCCAAAGGAUACUAGUCAAUGACUCACUAGGCUGGCCAAAUGCUCUAACCAUCUCAUAUGAAACAAAUGAGCUCUUUUGGGCAGAUGCACGGGAAGAUUACAUAGCUGUCUCAGAUUUAGAAGGAAUGAAUAGGAAGAUAGUACUCAGUAGAGAAAAAGAUUCAAAAGUUAUGCUGCAUCACAUCUUUGCCUUAACUGUGCUGGAAGAUUAUCUCUAUUGGACAGACUGGGAAACAAAAUCAGUCGAACGAUGUCACAAAUACACUGGCACUGAGUGCAGCACCUUGACAACAACAGUGCACCGUCCCAUGGAUAUCCAUGUGUACCAUCCUCUCCGACAAGUUAAAGUGCCUCACAACCCAUGUCUGUACAAUGCGGGCUGUAGCACAUUGUGUCUGUUAACCCCAAAUCAUGGCCACCAGUGUGCUUGUCCAGAAAAUUAUGUCCUUGGUGAGGAUGGAAAGAGCUGCAAUCCUAACUGUACCACUGCACACUAUGUAUGUGCCUCCACUUACAAAUGCAUCCCAUUUUGGUGGAGGUGUGACACUCAGGAUGACUGUGGUGAUGGCUCAGAUGAACACAAGGACUGCCCCAAAUUUGAGUGCAUGCCAGGCCAGUUCCAAUGCAAUAACACAAACUGCAUCCAUCCAUCCCAGCUGUGCAAUGGUGAGACAGAGUGUGGUGAUGGUUCAGAUGAAUUGGACUGUGAUCAGUACACCUGCCUGAAUACACAAUAUAAAUGUCAAGGAAAUGGGACUAUAUCAGACCGCUGUAUUCCAAUAAGCAAGGAGUGUGAUGGUCAUCCUGAUUGUCUGGGCGGAGAAGAUGAACAUAACUGUCCGCCAAAGACUUGUCCCCCUAACCAGUACUCGUGUAAGAACAAGAAGUGCAUUCCAUCAGUAUGGGAAUGUGAUGGGGACAAUGACUGUGGAGACAACUCAGAUGAAACCCAGAACUGUAAGGACAGGAAGUGUCCAGCAGAUCACUUCAAGUGUCAGUCGGGCCGCUGCAUCCCCAAAUCAUGGCUGUGUGAUGGAGAUCAUGACUGUUCAAAUGGGGAAGAUGAACCUUCUUCUUGCAGCUCAUCUGAUUUCCACACCUGUGACCCCACAUACUUCAAAUGCAAGAAUAACAAAUGCAUUCCUGGCCGCUGGCAUUGUGACUAUGACAAUGAUUGUGGUGAUCAUUCGGAUGAGGAUGGUUGUGUUCCACGUGAAUGUUCUGAGUCCGAGUUCCGCUGCAGUGAUGGUCGAUGCAUACGUGGAAUCCAUCACUGUGAUGGUGAAUAUAAUUGUGAUGACCAUAGUGAUGAAAAUGACUGCAACACCACCUGCAGCCAGAGUGAAUAUCAGUGCCAAAACCCACAUUACUGCAUAUUUAUUGAAUGGAAAUGUGAUGGUGACACAGAUUGCAGUGAUGGCUCUGAUGAAGCCAAUUGUAAUGAAUCGUGUCCAGACAACCAGUUUACUUGCCAAAAUAAGCAGUGUAUUAGCCUCUCUUGGCGCUGUGAUGGAGAUGACGACUGUGGUGAUCACUCAGAUGAAACCCAAUGUGAGACUCUUGCUUGCCCUCCAGGUCGGCACAGGUGCAAGAAUCAUAUUUGUAUCUCUCCGGUAAACAUCUGUGAUGGUACAGACAACUGUGGAGAUGGGUCUGAUGAAGAUCCAGUAGUGUGUCAGCAAUCUGGCCACUGUGCUGUCAAUCAGUUUAAAUGUGCCAACAAGAUCUGCAUCAGCAACAAGUACCGCUGUGAUGGGUUUAAUGACUGUGGUGACAGUUCCGAUGAAGAUGAUUGUGUUCAGCCACCAUGUCAUUUUGGAGCUUGUUCACAGAUAUGUGUAGAAAAGAAGGCAGGAAACUUUUCUUGUCAUUGUGCUCCAGGCUUCAUAGGAGAAGGGACAUCCAGGAAUAGGACAUGUCUGGCUCGAGGAAAACCCGCCCACCUUGUGGUUGCUGGUGAAGCAGAUCUAAGAGACUUGAACCCAUACAAAGCUGGUGAAGAUACUCUAAUCCAGGCCCUAAGUAAAUCAUUUCAUGACCGUGGUCACAAAGUAGAAUCUGUGGAUAUAUUGUGGGAUCUGAUAAAGCCAGCCAUAUUCUGGUCUGACCACCACAGCAAGAUGAUAAGGAGGUCGUAUCUCUAUGAUUUCUCCUCAACAUUGAACGAAACACAAUUAAGGAGGGUGCAGCGGGAUGAUUCAAACAUUGUGGCAAUGAAUCUGGUCGACCCACGUGGGCUGGCUGUGGACUGGGUGGGCAUGCGGGUAUACUGGGUAGAUGCAGGACAGGAUGUCAUCAUGGUUGCGGAAUUGAAUGGAGAAAAGAAAUGUACACUUAUAGAUGCAGAGCUGGAUCAACCCCAUGACAUUGUUGUGGACCCACAGUCAGGGCUCAUGUUCUGGUCUGACUGGGGUGUGAAAGGUCGUAUUGAAUCAGCAUAUAUGGACGGGACAGGGCGUCGUGCACUUGUGGACACAAUGGUGCAGUGGCCAACUGGACUAGCAAUAGACUACCCAGCCAGAAGAUUGUACUGGACUGAUCCCAAAGCUUAUACUAUAGAAACUGUAGACUUGAAUGGACAAGAUCGCCAGGUCGUCAGAAGAUUCCCACAUAGGAAAAAACCAUACAAAGUGGAAGUAUUUGAAGACAAUUUAUAUGUGAGCACGUACCAGACAAACAACAUCAUCAAGCUGAACAAGUUUGGCCAUGGUAAUCUGACAUACCUGAUGCGGGGGCUAAAUAGAGCGUCAGAUAUUCUCAUCAUUCAGGAAAACAAACAAACAAAGAACAUGACUAAUCCAUGUUCCUCAUCUCCAUGCCACAACUCAACUCUUUGUCUGCUGGGAGGAAACCGGAGCCAGACAGUGCCAGGAUAUUCAUGUGUGUGUCCAGAUGGUUUAGUGAAAACUGUUGCUAAUGACAACAGGAGCAACAGUACACAGGUUGUGUGCAUACCAAUUGUGAGACCUCCAAAGAUCUGUGACUUAGACUGCCAAAAAGGAACAUGUAUAAUGAUAAAUGAUGUUCCCACAUGCAAAUGUCAGUCACUGUAUGAAGGAGACAGGUGUCAGCACUACCGAUGCUCACAGUAUUGUAAAAACAAAGGCCUAUGUUUUGUAGACCUUCUGGCUGCCCACCCAGGUGACUCAUCUCCUCCUCUCAAGUGCAACUGCCCUCCUCAGUGGACAGGGGAGCGCUGUGAGUUCCCAGUUCAUGUGUGUAAGAAUCGAUGCCUUAACAACGGCACAUGCUACAGCCCACAUCCAGGUUUGGCACAGUGUAAUUGCCUUUCAGGUUUCACAGGGAGUCGCUGUGAAAAUUGCAUCAACAUGUUAUGUCAGAAUGGAGGAGUCUGUCAUCAUGCUGAUGGUGUUGAAAAGUGUGAUUGUCCCAAUGGAUACAUUGGCUUGCACUGUGAAAGGUCUGAGUGUGAAGGUUACUGUGUGAGGGGCACAUGCAGCCUAACUGCACAAGGGCCAAUUUGCAUUUGCCCCGCUAACUAUGUUGGUAAAAGAUGUGAACGUAACAGCUGUUUGGACCACUGUGAGAAUGGAGGUACAUGUGUACCUGGAGCUAAGAGGCUUGUUUGUAAUUGCCCACCCCAGUUCACUGGACGCCGAUGUGAAGUAGACUUGUGCACUUGUUCCCCAUGUCAGAGUAAAAACAGUGCAGACUGCAGGUGUCGAGUUCCACGGCCUGCUGAAUGCCAGAUUUCUUGCUACCCUGGACAGUGCCAGAAUGGUGGCACAUGUGUCAUAACAGAGGGACAGUCCUACUGCAAAUGUACAAAUGGGUAUGGGGGAAGGAAUUGUUCUGUUUACUAUGGGCAGCAAAAUCCAUGCCUGGACUACUGUAAUCAGAAUGGGAGAUGCUCACUUGUGACACAUGGUUCAAAGUUGCCAAACCCUGUAUGUAGCUGCAACCCUGGCUGGACAGGCCUUCGGUGUGAAGAGAGAUCUGCCUGCAAAGGAUACUGCUUCAAUGGUGGAACAUGCCAAGAGUCACCAGACCCCAGCUUAAAGCCUAGUUGCAUAUGUCCAACCACAAGUACAGGUGACCGAUGUCAAUCUCCAGUGUUGGACUUCUCCAUAGCUCAUGAAUCAAGUGGAAGUAGUAGUACCGUCAUCAUGGUGGUGAUAAUUGCAGUAAUUUUUCUACUCGUGCUUGUGGUCUCCCUUGUGUUGGCAUACUACUUCAUGCGGCGCAGGAGAAGUGGAAAGCCAUUCAUGCAUGUUCGUAUGCAAGAAAAUGUGGAAAUCAGCAAUCCAAUGUACCUGCGAGAAGAAGUAGAUGAUGACGCUGAAGCCCUGGAUGGUAACUUCAGCCUUGAUGCUGACAAGAGUGGAAACUUUGUGAACCCAGUGUAUGACUCACUGUACAGUGUUGGCUCAGCAGGAAGUACAACAGCAAACAUCAGUGAGGAGAAGAAAGGGCUGUUACAACGAGCAAAUAGAGAUGGUCAGCACACACUUGCAGACACAAGAGAUAGUCCUUAGCUUGCUGGAAAGUUUGCUAGGUUUCGGAAAGAACGCAAAACUACAGUGCCAAACAUUACACCAAAUAUUUGCCCUCUCCUUACUACACUGUACACUGUUGUAGUUUUGUCCCUUGUCAUAUUUCAGCUACUCAGGCAUUUUCCAUUUUUCUUUGUGUUUUUCCAUGUUUUCACUGCUAGCUCCAUACAAAUUGUUGACAUAUUAUAUGCAUUAUUUGACAGUGAGCUAUUAUUCCUUGCCUCCUAUUAGUCUUCCAUUUCUGUAUCCCAUACCUUACACACUGUGUAUUGUGUCAAGAAAAAUAUUGUUUCUUCUUUCAUGUGCCUUAGGUGAUGCUGUUUUCAUCUUCUGUAUGUAGUACUCCUUCUGUACUUUAUCUCCUUAA